AUGACGACUGAGACACGAGUAGCUACUAUUGCAACUGAGUCGAAAGGGAAAGAUGGCACAAAGCGCAAGGCCGCUCCCAUCACGUUGGACGGUGAAAAGCCACAGAAAAAGUUUUAUCGUCAACGCGCACACUGCAACCCGUUGUCCCACAACGAUUCAUUCGACUAUCCAGUCAAGCCUCUUGACAUUGAUUGGACCGAAGAUCAUUUUCCUGGUCUGGAGAAAGGAAGCGUUCCCACCGUACUUGAUAUCGGAUGUGGAUUUGGUGGCUUGACAAUGGCUCUCGCCCCACUUCUACCAAGCCAAAUUGUUCUUGGCAUGGAAAUUCGUGCUAAGGUAACUGAAUAUGUGCGCUUACGCAUUGUAGCUGCUCGGAAGGAGCAAGAAGGAAGGUACAAGAAUGCCAGCGUGUUGCGGACAAACUCGAUGAAAUUUCUGCCCAAUUUCUUUGGUAGGUCCUCUCUCGAGAAGCUCUUUUUCUGCUUCCCGGAUCCGCACUUCAAGCGGAAAAAUCACCCGCGUCGUAUCGUUUCGGAGCGGCUUCUGUCCGAAUAUGCAUACGUACUCAAGCCAUCCGUAGGGCGUUUGUAUUGUAUCACUGACGUUAAGGAACUGCACGAAUGGCAUGUGGAAAAAUGCGAAAGACACCCGUUGUUUCGACGUGUUGAAGACGAGAUUGCGGAAAUUGACCCGUGUGUACAAGCCAUGAAAAUCGAAACGGAAGAAAGUAAGAAAGUGGCCAGGGCCGGGGGCGAGAAGUAUUACGCGGUCUUUGAACGAAUCAGUAUCGACCAGGCGACGGAAAUUACCUCUACCAAUUUCUUUCAUUGAUAAUGAAGGAUGCAAACAAUCACAUACUCUGCCGGUUUUACAGUAAGUAGGUCGACCUCGAUACGUGCACUUGCCGUGUCGAUUAGAUGCUGACGAUGGACACGUAUGGCAUAUGCACCAUCCAACUAGAAAUUGUUUGCAAUACUGCUG